AUGUUCGGGGGGCGGGGGUCGCUGUUUCCCCCCCCCUCCCCGCAGCACUCGGGGUUGGUCGGGCCGGAGGGGCCGGAGGGGCCGGGGCCGGAGGCGGGGGUGGACGCGGGGCUGGCGGCGGCGCGGGAGCAGCAGCUGCAGCGGGAGCUGGUGGCCCUGAAGCAGCAGCAGCAGCUCCAGAAGCAGCUGCUCUUCGCCGAGUUCCAGAAGCAGCACGAGCACCUCACCCGCCAGCACCAGGUCCAGCUCCAGAAGCACCUCAAGCAGCAGCAGGAGGCCCUGGCCGCCCGCCGGCAGCAGGAGCUGGAGCAGCAGCGGCAGCGGGAGCGGCAGGAGCUGGAGCAGCAGCGCCUGGAGCAGCUCCAGAGCCUGCGCCCCAAGGACCGCGGCCGUGACAGCGCCAUCGCCAGCACCGAGGUGAAGCUGAAGCUCCAGGAGUUCCUGCUCAGCAAAACGAAGGAGCCGGGCUCCGGCGCCCCCAACCAUUCCCUCCCCCAGCACCCCAAAUGUUGGGCUCACCACACCUCGUUGGACCAGAGUUCCCCCCCCCAGACCGGCAGCCCGGGGACCCCCCCGUCCUACAAGCUCCCCCUCCUCGGCACCUACGACGGCCGCGAUGAUUUCCCGCUCCGCAAAACCGCCUCGGAGCCCAACCUGAAGGUGCGGUCGCGGCUGAAGCAGAAGGUGGCGGAGCGGAGGAGCAGUCCCCUCCUGCGGCGCCGCGACGGCUCCGUGCUCAGCGCCUUCCGCAAGCGCCACGUGGAGAUCACCGUGUCCUCGGUUUGCAGCAGCGCCCCCGGGUCAGGGCCCAGCUCCCCCAACAGCUCCCACGGUGCCCACAACGGCCUGGCCGCGUCUGUCCCCAACAUCCACAGCGAGCAGCUCCUGCCCCAGCCCCGCGCCCUGGCCCUGGACGGGGCCCAGCUCAGCCUCUACACGUCCCCAUCGCUGCCCAACCUGUCCCUGGGGCUGCAGGCCACUGUCACCGUCACCAGCGCCCACCUCCCCGUGUCCCCCAAGCUGUCGCCACAGGCGGAGGGCGAGCGGCCGGGGGUGCCCCCGGGGGUGUCCCCGCUGCGCCCCGGGGCCGCCCUCACCGGGAAGUUCCUGAGCACGUCCUCGAUCCCGGGGUGCCUGCUGGGGGUGGCCCUGGACGGGGACGCCCCGGCCGGGCCCCCGUCGCUGCUGCAGCACGUGCUGCUGCUGGAGCAGGCGCGGCAGCAGAGCACCCUCAUUGCCGUGCCCCUGCACGGGCAGUCCCCGCUGGUGACCGGGGAGCGCGGGGGGGGUCCCCGUGGGAGCAAACUGCCGCGGCACCGGCCCCUGAGCCGCACGCAGUCAUCCCCGCUGCCCCAGAGCCCCCAGAGCCUGCCCCACGGCCCCCUCCAGCACCACUUCCUCGACAAGCAGCAGCUCCAGCUGGGCAAGCUGCUCCCCAAAGGGGGGGAGCUGGCACGGCAGCCCCCCACCCACCCCGAGGAGACAGAGGAGGAGCUGACGGAGCAGCAAUCGCCCCCCCCGGGUGAGAGAGGCCCCCCCGGGCCCCCCCUCGGUCCCCCCCUCGCCCUCGUGUCCCCAGAGGCCGGGGACCCCCCGGAGCAGCCACAGGAGCCCGAGGGCUGCCAGGAGCCGGGUGACAGCGGGGACGAGGCCGAGCCCCCUGGGGACCCCGACGUCGCAGAGCUGGGGGUCACCUACAAGCAGGUGUACCCCGAGGCGCCGCUGCAGCUCUUCCCCGCGCCCCCCCUGGGGGUCCUGGCUCUGCCCCACCCCGCCCUCGCCCGCACCCAAUCGUCCCCCGCCAGCGUCAAACCCGCCCAGCCCGAGGGGCCCCCCAAACACCUCUUCACCACAGGCGUGGUGUACGACACGUUCAUGCUGAAGCACCAGUGCACCUGCGGGAACACCACCAUCCACCCCGAGCACGCCGGCCGCAUCCAGAGCAUCUGGUCCCGGCUGCAGGAGACGGGGCUGCUCGGCAAGUGCGAGCGGAUCCGGGGCAGGAAGGCGACGCUGGAGGAGAUCCAGACGGUGCACUCGGAGCACCACGCGCUGCUCUACGGCACCAGCCCCCUGAACCGCCAGAAACUGGACAGCAAAAAGCUGCUGGGUCCCAUCACUCCGAAGACGUACGCGGUGCUGCCGUGCGGGGGCAUCGGGGUGGACAGUGACACGGUGUGGAACGAGCUGCACUCGUCCAGCGCGGUGCGCACGGCCGUGGGCUGCCUGCUCGAGCUGGCCUUCAAGGUGGCCGCGGGGGAGGUCAAGAAUGGCUUCGCCGUCAUCCGCCCCCCAGGCCACCACGCCGAGGAGUCCACGGCCAUGGGCUUCUGCUUCUUCAACUCGGUGGCCAUCUCGGCCAAGCUGCUGCAGCAGCGGCUCAGCGUGGGCAGGAUCCUCAUCGUGGACUGGGACAUCCACCACGGGAACGGGACCCAGCAGGCCUUUUACAGCGACCCCCACGUGCUCUACAUCUCCCUGCACCGCUACGACGACGGCAACUUCUUCCCGGGCAGCGGCGCCCCCGAGGAGGUGGGCAGCGGGCUGGGCGUGGGCUACAACAUCAACAUCGCCUGGACCGGUGGCGUGGACCCCCCGAUCGGGGACGUGGAGUACCUGACAGCCUUCAGGACCGUGGUGAUGCCCAUCGCCAACGAGUUCUCCCCGGACCUGGUGCUGGUCUCUGCCGGCUUCGACGCCGUCGAGGGCCACCUGUCCCCGCUGGGUGGCUACUCCGUCACCGCCAAGUGUUUCGGGCACCUGACGAAGCAGCUGAUGAUGCUGGCGGGGGGCCGGGUGGUGCUGGCGCUGGAGGGGGGACACGACCUGACAGCGAUCUGCGACGCGUCCGAGGCGUGUGUCACCGCCCUGCUCGGCCUCGAGCUGGAGCCGCUGGACCCGGCCCUGCUGCAGCAGAAGCCCAACGUGAACGCGGUGGCCACGCUGGAGAAAGUCAUCGAGAUCCAGAGCCGGCACUGGGGCUCCGUCCGGCGCUUCGCCGCCGCCGUGGGCCGGUCCCUGCUGGAGGCGCAGCGAGGGGACAGCGAGGAGGCAGAGACGGUGACAGCGAUGGCCCUGCUGUCCGUGGGGGCCGAGCACGGGGGGCCAGACCCCCGGGGAAGCUUGUGCAGCACGUCCAGCGCCAGCAGCCCCAGCGUGGCGCUGCCCAGCGGCGGCUCCAGCCCCCGCAGCUCCUGGGCAGCGCGGCGGCUCAGGGGGUGCCGGGCGGCCAGGGCCAGCCCCAGCGCGCUGCCGCUCACCCGGCACAGCGAGGCCCAGGGCCGCGUCUCGGGCCGCAGCCAGCUCGGGUCCGAGCAGCGGGCGCUGGCCCGACGGAGCGACCUGCGGGGGGAGCGCGGGGCUUGCGGUGUGAACCCCCAAAAACGCUCUGGGGACAGAGCUUUGGGGACAGCCCCCUCCCCGAACUGCUUGGGGGACGGAUCCCUGGAGCCCGGGGGGGAAUAUCCCUGGGGUUAG